UUUCUGUCUGGUUCGUGCAGUCAUCAAUCGACGUAUUUGAACUCUGUGUUAUUGUUAAGUGAAUUUCGAUAAAAAGCUUUGCAAUAUCAUUAACAAUGUACGGGCGGGUCGCAUUGUUUUUGAUUCAGCUCGUGUUGCUGACGCAUGCCUAUGCUCAGACAGAAACCGAGCCGCCGAAUACUUUAACAACCAAGGCUCCAACCACGACUACCAGUACGACGCCAGCACCAACAACGGUGGUAUGGGAAACGGAGACACUGAACGAGGGCCAGGCGAUACAGAAGGCACUGCAGUACUUACUGCAGCAUCGUCAGCCCGAUUGGGGAUGGGGGAAUGAUACUCACCAUGUCAUGCUGACGUUACAGCUUGCAAACAACACAGGCAAAGAGAUAGAACAGCAAGGUCUGGAAAUGCAGCUGUCGGCUAAACAAAUGGAGAUAGAGAUAUUGUUGAUGAUGUCCAAACAUCACGAGUCGCCUCCUCCUCUGGGUCGUUUAGCCGCCUAUACCCUGGCUCUAGGCGCGCUCUGCAAAGACCCGCGUUCUUUCCACGGCCGCGACCUGGUAGCUGCGCUGCUCCAUAGAGAACCACCACAUGAUUUGGAGUUCGCGUACGCUACGCUCGCUGCGUGCUCCUCCGCUGCGCAUGUUCGUCGACGUCAUAUCCGACGACUGUUGGACAUUGCUAAUGCUGCUGCUGACCAUAGUCUUGACACAAUAUCGAUGGUGAUCCUGGCUCUGCGCUGCGUGGUGCAAGACCACCGUCACCGCAGCCUGAUUCACUUCGUGCGACGUCCUAUGGCCGGUCUGGCGCGGCAGCAGCACCCUGACGGCAGCUUCGGCUCACUCACCACUACUGCUCUUGCUAUACAGGCACUAGAAGAUUCAGAUAGUGGUCCCGGCGCGCACCAGCACUGGAGUCUUCCAGCGGCGAGGAAGUGGCUGCUGGAGCGGCAGGGGCCUGACGGCGGCUGGGGAGACGUCGCUAAGACUGCUGCCGCUGUGGCAGCGCUCACGCCCGCCUCUCUCGCUGCGGUCCGACCGCCGCAUUGCAGUGAUAAACUGCUGGAUAGCCGGCAUGAACCCCUCGAUAACAACGGCGGAGAUGGCAGUUUGAAACUGGCAUAUCAAUCUGGACACAACCAUAAUGAUUCGGACGCGCGCAACGUUUCCUUUACCUACACACUGUGGCUCGGCACCAACGUUACUGAGAAUUACACUCUUUAUAUGGUAGCACCAAGGAACAUAUCGUUCUAUCAUGUGAUGCAAAUGGCUGCUGAACAGGACCCAAAGUUCAAAUUCGAGGCGAGCGAGUGGCCUAACGGUCAUUACGUGCACACCCUAGCCGGACAUAAGGAGGAGCCGAUGGGUUACCAUUACUGGCUUCUGUACCGCCUGCCGGAGGUGCCCGACCCUGCUAGUCCCCCUGGCAACCAGCUUGUAGCACCAGUGGGUGUCGACGAUCUUCUGGUAGAAGACGGCGAACAUUACCUCUUCUGGUACAAGAAGUUGUAAUUUGUAAUGAUAAAUAUAAUAAGCAUUUUAAAUCAAAAUGCUUCUUUUCCACGUAUCUCAAGUAAAGUAAAUAGUUAUUUAUUUAAUGUUUUGUUAGAUUUAGAAUUAUAGCAAUUAAGAAACUUGUCGUAAUAUUUCAUAGUUUUUAUCAAAUCACAAAAUCAAGAUUUUUUUAAAGGUAUUUCACCUUUUUUAUAGAAUAAUUUAUAUUUUAGUUUUCUCGCGAUAUCAUCUUUGUUUUUCACUUUCAUUAUCAUCAUCAUCAUCAUCAUCAACCUGCCCUUGUUUCUACAGGAUGUCGCUAGAUUAUAUAACAUUCUUUCAUACAUCACUAUCAGCUGUCAUAUCUGACUUGCUUUCGGAGAUCCUCUUUCACACAAUCCACCCAUACUUUCUUCGAUCAUCAUGUACCAUUGUAGCCACAUUCAAUCGCAUUAGUUUAUUAUUUAUGUAAUCAUCAUCACUCUACGUAUAUACCACGUUGAUCUUCUGCUCUUCAAUUUCUCUAUCACUGACGCUUUUUACAGACUUCCACUAAUAUAUACGUCUCCACUGAGGGUCUCGGAGCCUAAGCUAAGUUAGCGUCAACCACGUUUGCUCUUGGUUGGUUGACUUCAUGCAUAUCCCUAAUAUCCAUUUUUAGCUUUUUCCAUCUAUUAUACGGUAUUUAAUUCUAACUUAUAGUUAUAGUAAAUUUACAUAUAAAUCUCCGUUUCUCUACAUUUAGAUGAUAAUAGUGUGAAUUGAGUCUAAAGAAUGAAUAGAAGUUACUAGCGCCUUUAACUUUUAUAUAGCAAGAAGUUUUGUUACUGUUUGUUAAAUUUUAAUUCAGGAUUAUUAGAAAAAAGAAAAUGUACAAACGCACAGCUCUCCUUCUUUUUAUGUCGUCAGUUUUAUCAUUUUGAACUUAA